AUUGGCUGUCGAGCUCCGGGAGGGAGCUGGGAAACUAUCAGCGAGGCCCCGCCCCCGCACAGGAGCCAAUCCCGAGCAGCCGAGGGGACGAACCCCGGAAGCGAGGUUUGCGGCGGCGAACUCCCCUCCAUAAGAUCUUGAUGGAUAAAAUAAAGCAGACAUAAUUCAUCUCUAAAAAGAUUAUUUAUACGCUGGUAUUGGAAAUGCUUUGUGUGUAGAAUAGUAGUAAAAAUGGAAAAAGAGCAAGUACAUGAUGGACAACCAAACCCAGAGAAUUCCUUGGACUUUUCUGAACACUUUAACCAACUUGAGUUGUUGGAAACACAUGGACAUCUUAUCCCCACUGGUACCCAAAGUCUCUGGGUAGGGAAUUCUGACGAAGAUGAGGAACAAGAUGAAAAGACUGAAGAGUGGUAUCAAUUCAAAGAAAAAAAAAUGGAAAACGAUCCAAGCAAAUUGCUUCUUUGGGCUGCUGAAAACAAUCGGCUGUCUACAGUACGGAGACUACUUUCUGAAAAGGCCACUCUUGUGAACACUAGAGAUGAGGAUGAGUACACCCCUCUUCAUCGAGCAGCCUAUGGCGGACACUUAGAGGUUGUCCGUGAGCUCAUUGCACACGGAGCAGAUGUUCAUGCGGUGACUGUGGAUGGCUGGACACCCCUGCACAGUGCUUGUAAGUGGGAUAAUGCUAGAGUAGCUUCUUUCCUACUUCAGCAUGAUGCAGAUAUCAAUGCCCAGACAAAAGGCCUCUUGACCCCCUUACACCUUGCUGCUGGGAACAGAGACAGCAAAGAUACCCUAGAACUCCUCCUGAUGAACCGCUACAUCAAACCAGGUCUGAAAAACACCUUGGAAGAAACUGCACUUGACAUUGCCAGGAGGACAAGUAUCUAUCACUACCUCUUUGAAAUUGUGGAAGGCUGCACAAAUUCUUCACCUCAGUCUUAAUGGUUCUAAUCAUUUAGUACCAGUGCCUCCUUUCUGUGAAAUGUCAAAAAUCCCCAUAAGACAAAGUUGACAUCAAAAGUCUUACUACAAAAAUUCAGUGGUACUCGUUAUAUCCUUCCAAGUGAAUUGCCUGACCUUGAUGUCAAAAUGUAUUUGAAAGUUGUUUGGAUAUAUCUUAAAUUAUUUCUGUGGUUUUUAUCAGAAAAAUUUUAACUUACCUAUACUUAAAAAUUUGUCAUGGGUUGUACAGAAAACUACUGAUAUUUUUGGUGCUGAUCCAAGGAAAAUGUAUUUUUAAAUAUCCCCAUCCUGAAUUUUUGUUGAGCAUUUAGUAUAAUGACAUGUAUUUUUAUAAGGUAAAGCAACUCAGAAUUCAAUUUAAAAGUCUUAAAUAUACUGGUGCAGUUCAGCUAUCAUAGCCAUUUGCUUUCAUUUUCAACCAUAAGAGCUAACGUAGUGAUUUGAAUCUUCAUAAGUUAAUAAAGUCUAGAGCCUAGAUCUUUGUGUUUUAGAACCUAGACUUUUAGGAAAGUAGUUAGCUGGAUGGUUAAUCCAUGAAUGUUAUAUACUGCCUCUCCUACCACAAUUCACCCAGUCCUGAGGACAGUCCUACCUCACCCGGGUCCACCUACGUAAUCCUUAUUCUACUGGUGAGUUAGCAUGACUUUUAGACAUGCCUACAACUAAACCUUGGUCCAAGAGAUCGUAAUAUAUCUGCUACCCUGCUGGUUUUACCUGCCUAAUCCUGCGGAUUUGGGCACUGCUCCUAUAGCCUUUCAAGUUCACAGGAAGUACUGAUUUUCCAGGGUCCUCUUUUUAUACAAACCACACAAAGGCCAAGUGACAAAUGAAAAGGAAUUCUAAGAGUGAGGGGAUGAUGAUUAUAUUGAGGCUAGAACCGCACAGUGGCUUGGGCUUUUUUAAAAAGCUACAGUGUGGAUAGUGACAAAAGCAUAAAUAUAAAUAUUCAAAAAAUAAAAGUUUUGAACAACAACAAAAAAGGCAUGAAUUCUUUUCUUAACUGUAUAUAGCAUCCUUGAAUCCAUAGCAUAUUUGUUCAUCUAGCAUACAUUUACUAAGUAUCUUCUCUCUCAGCCUCUCCAGCAGCAGUUUCCCAUUGACUACCAAGCCCUUCUGUGACUAUUCCUGAAGGCUUUUCUCAUAUCUUCUCAACACCAGAACUAACACUAGACAAAGGGCACUAAAUUAGUGAUCCCUUAUUUCAAUUAUAUUUUUUCAAUGUCUAUUUUGAAUCAGCACUUGUAACCCAACCUAGACUAAGUAAUGUUGUUUAAUCAAAUAUGUGUGGCAAUUUUUAGAUUAGAAUAAAAUCGCAUGAUCUCUGAAAAGUUCAAGGUAAUAUAUGGACUGAAUCAUUGUGACAAACAGGUCUCAAGAGUUAGGAGAACUUCAGUUGUUUUGUGAUACCUGGCAAGGAGAUGUCUGGGUUUCAGAGUAUCAGUAUCUAUGAUACAAGGGUUUUGGCAGAAAGUGAGAGUUGCUUUGUAUUUAAUCUGACCCAGAUGACAGAUACAGCUAAUAGACGGUAUAACAGGACCCCUCCUAUCCCAGUAGACUGCUAAAUGAGGCUGCCUGGUUAUCUGGAAGGCAAAGAGCCCAUGGCUCCUUUCUUAAUUGGGAAUGAGUUGCAUCCAUGAUUUUAUAUAAGCUUUCCACUUAAGUGUAGGGCCAAAGAAGCCACCUAUUUUCUGAUCAGGAGGUGAGUUGACAUGUAACUACUUCCUGGUUUUCAGGCCUCAGCACUAAACUAGUGCAUGGAAAUCCCUUCUAUCCCUUAGGGCAGAGUUUAUAUCAUUUGCUUCCUUUAUACUUUUCUUAAUAUUUACUAGACUCUUCUGUCUACAGAAGUCAUUCACUAAUCAUGCUUUUUACUAUAUUACUUACCUGUACUUUCUAGUUUAAGAAGGCUAAAUAACUCAAUUUGCAAACAAAAUUUUCUCUUAUCUUGUACUUAAAAAAAAAUAAAGUAUAUGCUUUUCAUAACUAA